GCUUGUCGACGUCGGCCGGUCACCCGGUGGAUGCCUUUCAACUUUGCGGCAUUCUCACUUCCUUAACGAACAGAUCAUUUCAAAGAUGUCUUCCAGAAGUCCCAAAGAUUUAAUUAAAAGCAAAUGGGGAUCAAGGCCUAGCAGCUCCAAAUCGGACAAUGCAUUAGAAAAAUUUAAGGGAGAAACUGCAGCCUUUAAAACAUCCCUGGAUGAAAUCACCAGUGGGAAAGGAAAACUGAGUGAUAAAGACAGAUGCAGACUCUUGGAGAAAAUUCAAGUGCUGGAAGCUGAGAGAGAGAAGAAUGCUUAUUACCUCUCAGAGAAGGAAAAAGAAAUACAGAGACUCAAAAACCAGCUAAAGGCAAGAUAUAGCUCUUCUUCAUUGCUUGAACAGCUGGAAGAUAAAACAAAGGAAUGUGAGAAGAAGCAGCAGCUGCUGGAGUCCUUAUCCAAAGAGACAGAUGUCCUAAAAAAGCAGCUGUCUGCCAUGACAAAAAGGCUGUCUGAACUUGAAAACAAAGCCAGUACACUCCAUCUGUCACAGAGCAUGCCUGCAAACUGCUUCAACUCAUCAAUGAACAGUAUUCAUGAAAAGGAAAUGCAACUGAAAGAUGCUCUGGAGAAAAAUCAGCAGUGGCUUGUGUAUGAUCAGCAGCGAGAGGCCUACGUUAAAGGACUUUUAGCAAAGAUCUUUGAGCUGGAAAGGAGAACAGAAACAACUGCUGCUACACUCUCACAGCAGAUGAAAAAGACUGAAUCAGAAGGUCAUCUCCAAGAGGAAAAGCAAAAAUAUGAGCAUCUCUUAGAAAAUACCAAAAAAGAUCUUGAAGUUGAACGACAAACUGUAACUCAGUUGCGUUUAGAACUUAAUGAAUUUCAAAGAAAAUAUGAAGAAACUCAAAAAGAAGUUGAAGAUUUAAAUCAGCUAUUGAGUUUGCAGCGAAAGGCAGACAUACAACACCUGGAAGAAGACAAGCAUAAGACAGAGAAAAUCCAGCAGCUCAGACAGGAGAGCAGUCUCUUCGAGGGAAAACUGAAAGAGGAGAGGAAGCGGUCUGAAGAGCUUGUGUCUCAGAUCCGUCUUCUUUAUGAGUCUGUGCUAAAGUACCAAGAGGAACAGACCAGGGUGGCUCUGCUAGAACAGCAGAUGCAGGCAUGUACUCUAGACUUUGAGAAUGAAAAGCUUGACCGGCAGAAUAUGCAGCAUCAACUGUGUGUGAUUCUUAAGGAGCUCCGGAAAGCAAGAAGUCAAAUAACACAGCUUGAAUCCUUGAAGCAGCUACAUGGGUUUUCCUUUACAGAGCACCCGUUCCCACUCCAAGGAGAACCUGAAAACAGAGCGAAAGGUGCCUCACCCAAAAGUCCCAGUGCUGCUCUCAAUGAAAGCCUGGUGGAAUGUCCCAAGUGCAAUGUACAGUACCCAGCCACCGAACAUCGAGACCUGCUUGUCCAUGUUGAAUACUGCAUGAAAUAGCAGAGCCAGCCUUGCCUUUGUACUGAAGAACUCCACACUUGUACUGAAGAAGUCCACACUGUAACCUAUAUUUUUUUAUGGGCACUUUGAAUUACAGAUCACUUCUCUUGCACAAGAACCCCACUAUGUGCCCUUGUAUUUUUCUGACCACUUUGCAUUUUCCUGGGUAGUGAUGCCUCCCCGAGCUGCGUCACCAUCAGGUUGCAGUGAUAGACUGUGGUGAGCAGUGGGUAUCCAGACUACUAGCACUUCAUGCUGUUGCAAUAGCUAGCACUUCACUCUCCUCCUAUACUUGAUGAGCAAGAGCUACUUGGGUUAUUGGUUAUGGCUUAAAACUACUGACCAGCAAGCAAAUAUUUUAUGCCUUGGGGUUUCUAAGAGAAUCAAAAGAUAAUUAACCAUGGGUCUUACUGUGCGGAUUUUUUUUAUGUAAAUGCUUAGUAUACUGACCCUUGCAAUUUGAUACCUCUUGCUGUUGUAGACCGGUUACUAGAAAAGUUGGGGAGUUUUGUAAUUGAUUAUUAUUGCUGUUAACUGUUCUAAGCACAAGGAGGCUUUGUUUGAAGAACGCCUUUAAGAAGCUGCACAUUUUCACUCAUUAUCUGACCAUAACUUUGACUUAAAUUUCAUUAGCACAGGUCGCUUUCCUAAAAUGCCAAAAUGAACAAAACUUAACAAAACAUCUUGCCCCCUCAUUAAAUUUGCAGGUAUUUUAUAUCUUGGUGAUUUUGUUUGUCUGUUUUUAUUUUUUGGCAUUUUUAAAGAUGGAUGGCAGAUAUUUGUUUUAUAAAUAGAUAUUUUUAUAUAAACAAAAAGGUAUUUUAUUUUUUUCAGAUUUU